UUUUUAAAAAAAUCGUUAUAAUUUCUAAAACCGAAAAAGAAAAUCCCAUUAUUAUGGCCUCUGCUUGUUCCUUAUCUCUUCCAGCCCUAGCUCCUCCUGUUCCUUCAUUGGACCUCCCACCCAUCUCAACCCCUUCUUAGAUAAAAGAGAGAAAAAAAGAGGAAAAGAAUUCCAACGAACCAGUCUAAAACAAGAACCCAAUUGGUCACCCAUGUGCAAAUUCUAACUCGCUUUGCUUUGCUUUGGGCAUUUUUGUUUUGUUUUGUUUCGUUUUUUUUUUUUGAGAAUCGUCAGAGAAAGAUGAACAAGAGGAGCCACCAGGAAAGCUCCGGUGGAGCUGGCUACGGUGGUAUAGGAAAGGGCCAAGAAUGCUCAUCAGCGUCGUCUAUUGGCAAGGCUAAGAUGUGGGAGGAAGAGCAGAACGCUGGAGGAGGAGGCAUGGAUGAGCUACUGGAGGUGUUGGGGUACAAGGUCAAGUCCUCGGAGAUGGCUGACGUGGCGGAGAAGCUGGAGCAGCUGGAGAUGGUCAUGGGCACAGCGCCGCAUCUCCCCUGCGAUACCGUCCAUUUCAAUCCGUCCGAUCUUUCUGGGUGGGUCCAGAGCAUGCUCACCGAGCUCAAUAACCCAGCCGCCAAUCUUGAUAUUCUUGAUCCUCUUCUGCCUCCUGCUGAAUCCUCCUCCGUCAGCACCGUCGGCUUUUCCAAUUCUCACCAGCAACAGAUUGAGGCCACCCAGUCCUCCCGGGUCUUCAACGACGACUCCGAGUACGAUCUCAGAGCUAUUCCUGGCUCUGCUGCGUACCCACAAAUUCAAGAGGAGGACAGUAACCGAAAGCGAAUGAAAACUUCAAGUGGGUCUAGUAAUUCUGCGCCACCGCCGACACUACUGCCAUCUUCUUCGCAAACAAUUGGCACUGUGGCCGAACCGACUCGGCCAGUGGUUCUGGUUGACUCGCAGGAGACCGGUGUCCGACUCGUCCACACCCUCAUGGCUUGUGCGGAAGCAGUCCAAGAAGACAACCUGGAGCUCGCGGAUGCUCUCUUCAAACACAUCGAAGUGUUGGUGGCGUCGCAGGCGGGCGCCAUGGGAAAGGUCGCCGCGUAUUUCGCCGACGCUUUAGCUCGCCGGAUUUAUAGAAGUUACCCACAAGAUUCUCUCAGCUCUUGCUACUCCGAUAUCCUGCAGAGGUACUUCUACGAGACCUGCCCUUACCUCAAGUUCGCGCAUUUCACUGCCAACCAAGCGAUACUAGAAAAGUUCGCGACCGCCAGCAGGGUUCACGUCAUUGAUUUCGGGUUAAAGGAAGGGAUGCAAUGGCCGGCACUCAUACAAGCGCUUGCAUUGAGGCCGGGCGGGCCACCGGCCUUCCGGUUGACCGGAAUCGGCCCGCCCCAGCCGGACAACACUGACGCUUUGCAGCAAGUGGGUUGGAAAUUGGCGCAAUUGGCCGGCACCAUUGGCGUCGAAUUCCAUUUCCGGGGCUUCGUCGCCAAAAGCUUGGAGGACAUCGAGCCGUCCAUGCUCGAUAUCCGCCCCGCCGAAACCGAGGCCGUGGCGGUGAACUCCGUGUUCGAGCUCCAUCGCCUGUUAGCUCGGCCCGGCGCGAUCGACAAGGUGUUGUCCUCGAUCAAGGCCAUGAAGCCCAAGAUUGUCACCUUAGUCGAGCAGGAAGCCAACCACAACGGGUCGCUUUUCCUGGACCGGUUCACGGAGGCCUUGCAUUAUUACUCCAGCCUGUUCGACUCGCUGGAGGGGUCCGGGUUGGUGCCGCCCACUAAUGACCAGGUCAUGUCCGAGAUGUAUUUGGGAAGGCAGAUUUGUAACGUUGUGGCCUACGAAGGGGCCGACCGAGUCGAGCGGCAUGAGACGCUGACCCAGUGGCGGGCACGGAUGGGUUCGGCAGGGUUCGAGCCGGUCCACCUGGGGUCCAACGCGUUCAAACAGGCCAGCAUGUUGUUGGCCUUGUUUGCGGGCGGUGAUGGGUACAGGGUGGAGGAGAACAACGGGUCUCUCAUGCUUGGGUGGCACACUCGGCGGCUUAUCGCCACCUCGGCUUGGCAACCCGCUAUAGAUUCUCAUUGAGUCAACUCGGUUCAAUGAGUUUACGCAACCGAAGGAGCGAGUGGGCGUACUUGUCUGAGAUGAGUGGGUGAGGUAAAGGUUAAAAACCAAUCCAAGUGUGUAAUUCCUCUUUCCCUAGCCCUUUUUUAUUUUUAUUUUUAUUUUUUUUCCUUUUAAUUUAAUAAUUUGAUUUUUAA